UGGCGCCUCUUUAUUUCCUCCUUUCUUUUUUUUUGACCACGCUCAGCAGGCCAGCAGUGUGGGGGUUAACUCCGCUCUGGUCUGCGCUGAGCGAGUGAAAGGGGGAAGGGAGGAGGAGAAGGAGGAGAGAAAGGGGUGGAGGAGGUGGAGCAAAAGGGGGCUCGUCCACAGCUGUUGUGGUGGGAUGGCUGUAACACUGUGGGGAAAGCCCUCCUCUCUCUUUCUCUCUCUCUGUCUCGCUCUUUCUCUCUCUCAUUCGUUCUACCGCUCAAAUAGCGGUUGGGUCCGAGGAACAAUGGCAGACAUGCUAGUCGGCGGGGAUGACGGGGACACACGCGCCUGCGCUUUGCUCUCUGCCUCUCACUCUCACAUACACACACACUCUCACACUCAUACACACACACUGCUUCAACUGCCGCCACUGCACCAAUCUGGCCUGAGUGCCUGAGCUGGCACACACACACAUUUGAACACACUUUCUUCUCUCUCUCUCUCACUCUCUCUCUCAGACACGUGCUUACACUUACACUAAGCCAGACGUUCGUACACACACACACACACACACACACAUAGACACACACACACACACACAUAUUCUGCCUCUGCUGACUGGGAGCCUAUAGGGAAGAAGAAAGAGGAGAGGAGUCAUACCUCCUACCCCACACACACACACACGCAUACAGACAGACACACACACACACACCUUCUGCGGCUGUUUUUGGGUUAUGGACGCUGGCUCCGUAGGGGGUGUGUGUGCGUGAUUCCGCGGGGGGUCCCGACGGGCGCACUGGAAGCGCAGCAGCUCAGGCAGGAUGCUGUGAUUGGAGCGGCGUGCCGGGACAGGAAUGGGAGAGUAGACAGGAACGCCGGGACAAACAGCACAUAAAUACACAGCGCAGUGAAAAGAGCGGAGGAGGAGGAGGAAGAAGGAGGAAGAGGAAGCAGAACAGUGCUGCCGCAGAGGACUGGGUGCAGUGUUUCAAGGGAGGGCCAAGACUUCUUUUGUGCCUUUUGAUGUAUACGAGAGGCUGUGACCAGGCACACUGCGCAGACAGGGGGGACCAUAGGCUGUCCUCAGAGACCUCUGAGCUUUAUGCACCGUGGAGAACCAGCCUCAAAGGUGGUGAUGUCUGAGGAGGCCGAACUAAGGGAGUGCAAUGAAGCCUUUGAGUCAGAAGAGGGCGACGUUGACCCAUUUCUGGAGGACGAGGAGGGCGAGGAGGAAGAGGAGACGGAGAGCAGCCGGGAGAUGAUGGAGAGACUCAGAGAGCUGGAGGCUGAGAAUUCGGCCCUUGCUCUCGCAAACGAAAGCCAGAGAGAGGCGUAUGAAAGGUGCCUGGACGAGGUUGCCAACCAUGUGGUACAGGCCCUUCUUAACCAAAAGGACCUGCGGGAGGAAUGCAUAAAGCUGAAAAUGCGUGUCUUCGACCUGGAGAGGCAGAACAGGACGUUGACAGAGCUCUUCACACAAAAACUCCACACACAUCCCAAUCCCCUUCAACAGUUGCCAUCGGUGACUCUUCUAGAGCACAAUUUGGAGGCCACGGUGACAAGCACAGAGAAGAUGGUAGCAUCUCACUGCCAGGGGGAAGCCAAGAACAAUGGUGAUCGCACACAGAACGGUACCCCAAGCCAAGCUCGAGGUCCAGCCACCUCCAUGGACGCCCUGUCUCCGUUCUUCAAGAAGAAAGCACACAUCCUGGAAGUCCUUCGCAAGCUGGAGGAAUCCGACCCGCUUAAGUUCCACCCCUCAUCCUGCCUCUCGUCCUACCAUGACAUGGGCCAGACAGUGUUUCUGGGAGACUUCCCGGGGACCUCCGUCUCCCGCGCACCUCAUUGCAGGCACUCCAGCUCUGACUCAGACAUCCACGAGUACGCCAGUGGGGAGGGGGCACUUGAUGACCGCAGUAGAGGACAUGGGGGCUGCCCAUCCUGCCGGCUUCUCACUCAGAAAACCAGCCUGGACAGCCUAUUAAGGGGUACACCAGGACACGGUGGUUCUUUUGCUGCUGCCACUGCCGUUGGUCUGCCAGUUCGAGAGGAAAGUGUCAGUGGGCAGAUAUGGGUGGAGAGUCACCAGCAGGGGGCAUCGGCAGGCGCUCCUGAUCCACAUGUCAUCAUUCCCUCCCUGGAGAGCACAAGCCAUCCCUACACACAAAGCACACGGACAGAUGGUAGAGUGGUGGGUGGGUCUGUGUCAGAGGCUACUGACCAAAGCCAGGAGCCAGGUGACGAGGUCAGGAGUCUGCAGCAUCAUAAGGAUAAAGCAGCAGAGAAAUUGUCACUACGGAAAUCUUUGUCCAGAAGUUCUGACACCACUCUUCAAGCUGAAGAUGGAAAACACAUUGAGGCGCCACUGUCCCAGAGCCAGGAUCAAAGCCAGUUGAGCAGUAGCGCCGAACAGGAGUGCUGUUACCUGGUGGUGGACACUGAUGCUACUGUGAAGGAUGAAGAAUGUGAGGACGCCGAGAAGGUCUGCAAUGGGGUCUACUUCUCCUCCAAUGAGACGUCUGUGUCCAAGAAAGUGGCUGUAGAUUCCUAUUCCCCAGCUCCAGUGCCGGAGAGGAACAGCUCAACACCUCCACAGCCACAGCAGCUAUCCUCUGGGAAAAGCAAAUUUGCACUCAGCCCCACCUCUCCGCCCUCAUGCCUUAGUGAAGUCAAGCCCUCCCCGAUCUCCUCCCCAUCACGGCUGCUCAAGUUCCUUAAGAUCCCUGCGAUCGGAGAGCGACCUCAAACUGCUCAAGCCUUACGCCUCAGUCCCCAGCUCACACGUAGCUCCAAGAUCCCCUGCAGGAACAACAACUAUGAGGUUUACCACUCGCCUGUGAUGUCCCGCAAAGCCACCACCACAGAGAGGGAAAAGAUUUCCUCGUCCUCAUCCUCUCCCAAAACGGACACUUACCCUGGCACACAUUCUGCACCCACAUCACCCCCAAAGCCGGAUGAGAUCCUCUGUUCCCCCGUCCCUGUGAAUGAGGUAAGCUAUAGCAGCCACUCGGCACCCAAACCUAACCGAACCUCUAAAGGGGCACCCCCUUCAUUGUCUCAGUCACAGAGGAACUCUCAGAAGGUACCCCACUAUGAGAAUGUGUCCGACCUUGCCGCAUCGAACGGUUUGCCGCAGUUCAUCCCAUUCUCCCAAAGAGAGGGAAGCACCACAGAGAAACAGAAGAGGAACACGUGUGACGACAAGUUGCUCAGUCCUCCUUCCAAGAAUUCAGAUUCAUCCCCAGCCACCGGCACCUCCCCCUCAGACUCCUCUGAUGAAGAGGAGACUGACACAGAGAGUCCUGUGUGGCACAAACCCCAUCAACACUUCAGCUUGCCUUCCUCAUCAUCAUCUGCCUCCAGCAAGGCCCAGAGAGUCUCCACUUACUCCAGCAUGAAGGACAGGCCACAGGAGAGAAUCGCAUCCGAAGCUGUUCAGCCACAAACUGUUGAAGCUGUCCAGUCAGCUCACACAACGGGCUCCAGAAGAGGAGACCAGCCCCCAUCACUGCCCAAAAGGACGGUCUCUGUCAAACCCCAAAACGAGACUAGUCAUCACCCUUUCAAAGAGCGGCUGGCUGCUCUCGGGAAGCUGAAGAGCAACGAGGAUCUGCACCAACCCAUGGAUAAGAAAGAAGCACCGUGCAUUGUGGGUAGAGCACCUGCGUCCUCUGCCCCAGGCAAUAACGAGCGAAGCAAAACUGCUGAGCGACAAGGCGACCGCAAUGUGGUUGAACAUAGGCACUCAAAGUAUACUGAUUCUUUGGACGGAAAACCUUACCCCAAAACUAGCUUAGCAGGCUACACCAAGUAUCCUAGUACAUGCCAUGAAGUAAGCCCCAAGUCAGCGGUAGCAACAGGACCUGCCAGCAAAGGAGAAUUGGAAACUUUCUCUCCAAGGGUAUAUGUUGCCAAAUCUGAAGGCCCGAAGAUAAAAAUGGGAAUGUCAUCCUCGACUGAGCCCCAUGUUGUGAUGCGUAGUUACGGAAAAUGCCAAGUUCCGUCAAACCACCACAGCAAAACUUCUCCAAGUCCCCAGAGCAGUCCAACCAAGGUCCUGUCCAAGUCACCCUCGAAAGCUGGCCAGGCGUCUUCAUACCCCCGAGGGAUGAAGCCUGUUCAUGAUGACCGUGGCCAGGCACAGAAACACCCUGCUCGUCCAGAGGACAAGUCCAAGCUCACUGCCAGCAAGAAGAAGUUUGUCCACGCUGAGAGCUUCCCACCUCCUCCUCCUCCCAGGCCUCCUGUCGAAACAUCCGCCAGCACACAGUCGCUGGAGGAGAAAAAGCCUCUCGCACCCCCAUCUGGCCCUCAGUCAGCCAUUGAGCAGAAAGUGAUGCGUGGGAUCGAGGAGAACAUGCUGAAGCUCCAGGAACAGGACCGCACCCAAAUAGUGGAGACCAAGCAGAAGACCUCCAAUGGCAUUGCCAGCUGGUUUGGCCUGAAGAAGAGCAAGCUGCCAGCCCUCAGCCGCAAGCCAGAGAUGUCCAAACUCAGGCUCAACAUGUCGUCGUCGUCCUCAUCGGUUUCCUCCGCAGCCAACAAGGACUCCAAGGCAGGCCCAAGGAAGGUGGUAGAGAGCCUAAACAUCUCUAAGUUAAUGGAAAAAGCUGAAGAUCUCAGGAAAGCCCUUGAGGAAGAGAGGGCCUACGUGAAUGGGGUGGGUGUUGGAAUGCCCCUUGAUCGUACUGGGAGGGGACAUUCUUGCGAGGUGGUGAUGGAUCCAGCACAGGGACAGCUUUCCCUUAUGUACCGUGGAGUGACCGCUGAUAACUUCAUGCAGCAGUUGCUAAACAGAGUGGACGACAAAGGAGCCCCCACUUUUGGCAUGGCUCACAGACGCCUCUCGUUUGACUCCAAAAGAUCCCAACCUUCAUUCCUCCACCAGAGGAAUGGCAUGAGCCACACAAAGAGUAGGGAUGAGAUGGACAAGGGGCCAGACAUGGUAGGUCGCGAUGAGGUCAUAUCCGACGAGAACCUGGCAGAAUCCAUGAGCUCCCAACACUUCACAGGUUCUGGAGCCUCCAUGCGUACUCUAGACAGUGGCAUUGGCACAUUCCCUCUGCCCGACUAUGCCAGCAGUGCAGCAGGCAAAAGCAUCCCCAAGACAAAGCCUCACAUGGAGCAAGGGUUCUCUGCUUCGCAUGGGAAACACGGACCCCUAAUGAAGGUUCCACGAAAGGCACGUACCCUGGAGAGAGAGCUGUCGUCCCUGGAGGAGGUGAACCCAUCUGCGCUGUAUGGCAGAGGCCUUGAGGGGAAAGGGCCCAGCAUGCAUCUCUCCAGCACCAUCCACGAAGACAUUGACGCCUAUGGGGCUCAUAUGCAGAACCCCCCAACUAAGAACUGGACCUUCCCCAACCUGAAGGGAUCAGCUGGUUCCACAGAUGUCUAUCUCGGUGUCCAGGGAGAUUUGGAGCCAUCUGCACAAGGAACGCCAUCCAGAAGGAAACAGGGAGAGCCCCAGGGACCAAGAGAGGUUGAUCCCAGCAGCCUCCCAUUGGCCCCCCAGAUGGGGCUGAGCCGGAGAGGAAAGAGCCGCAUCCCAGGAGGGCCAGAGGUGGGUAAGGAGGGCGGCCUGGAGUUGGUGAAGGAGCGUCCGGACGACAUCCUGUCCCCAAGCCGGCCCCAGGCCCUGGAGACCCCUGAGUCCCUGAGUGACUCGCUCUAUGACAGCCUCUCAUCCUGUGGCAGCCAGGGCUAAGAGCUCACACCACCCCCCCACCCCACCCCCCACCCCCCUGCACUCUCCUGGGGCUGCCUUUGUAGGCCGUUCUUGGAUCAGUCUCACCCUGUUGAGAGUUGGAGGGGAAGAGAUGGAGGUAAUGACUGGUCCCAGUUCAGUAGAUUCUGGAGAUGAAUGGACAGAAAGUAAGGGCAGCAAUUUUGACAGCAUUUCACUUGUAAAGGCUGGGACAUACUUCCACAAUUAUACUCUCACUGGGCUCAGUGUUCACUAGGGUCAAAGUUCAAGGUUCGGCUCACUAGGAUGUUGUGUCUGAGCUUUCUUAUUGUUCCAUGUAUGGUUGACCUGUCCGAAACAAGUUCUGCAUCGUGUAGUAAUCCACAGUGUUCACUGCACUCUGCUAGUUGUGCAUGACAUUUAGCAGGUUUUCAGUGAGCUGCAGGCUUUGUUUGCUUUCACUGCAAUUUGUGUGUUUUUCAUUCACACAUAAGCCAAGCUAAAGUCUUUUCCACAUGAAGUAUGUACCAGCCUUGAGAGCCUAAGUGGAAAACACAAGGGGAUGGACUGAUUCCAGUUCAGCUCAAGGGUCUCUCUGAAAGGAACAGGGCUGAAAAGAAGGUGGAAGAGUCGGUGUGGAGUGGAAGUUCUACUGCUUCGUGAUGUCAACUCAUGCCCUCUGUGGUGACUGUGGGUGGGUGUGUGGCCAUCGCACAGUUUCUUGUGAUAUGCCCACCCACCACCACCACCACCACAACAACAGGACUGUGUGUGGGCGGUCUGUGACAGAACCCACUCUCCGCCCUCACACACACACACACACGCCUACUCUCUGCUGGACUGCUGACACUGAAACUCAAAAGAAAAGACGGUGCGCUCACGCUGAUGAGCGCGACCUGAAAACGCUCACUCCUCAGGUGGCCAGAUGGACAGAAACACACACACACACACACACACACACACACACACUCACACACACACUCACACCUACACACACAGAUACAUACUAUCACUCCCACAUGUGUCCUCACACUCACCUUAUAUAUUAGCACCACACACAGAAACACACCUACACAUGCCAACACAUACACACAAACAAAUGCAUACACGAUACCCAAACGGAUAAGAUGUCACGGUUGUAGAAAAACAAACCUUCCAUCCUUUCAGACAGUGAUGCACCUUCCACAGCUGUGGGAAGCAUCACUUCCAUAAUAGAGCCUUGGUCCUUGUCAUCUUGUUCCUAAAAUGAUCAACUAUGUGUGAAUCUGCCACAAAGCUGUGUAGUGUGAUCUUUAGUCGUAAGAAAUCUGACUGCCGAUAAAAUAAAAAAGCUACAUUUGUGCUCACAUGCUUUUAAAAACUAAAUAGAUCUUUAACAUUUAAUGAGCCAUCAGUCAAUUAUCCAUAGUAUCUAGGGAUUGAAUAAUUGCUGCUGUGAUCAAACGAUGAGAUUGUCAGGAUCAUGGAGCACUGGACCCAAACUGUGAAGAAUAGGAUCUAAUGAGAACUGAUGGAAACAAAGAGUUAACAUAUUCAGGUCCUAAUUAUUAUAACCUUAGACCUAAGCAAGCACUAAAAUGACUCUCUUCUUAACCCAAUGAGUUAAAAAAUGACCCAUCCUAUCGUACAACACAUGGUUGUAUACUAAGACUACGGACACUGAUACCAGUAAGAGCAGCAGACGUUUUGGACAUCGAGCCUUCGAUCUACUCUUUGAUCUAAUGCUCACUGGAGGUGCCAAUUCCAGCAAACAUGUACCGUAAGCACAAAAGUAAAAAGGGUCUAUAUAGCAAUGCUCAACACAUUGAUUCAACCCUAAAGGAAACAUUGGACACUUCUGUGUCUGAUUGGAAUGAAGGCAUUAGAGAUUUUUGUGGCUUGGCAUUGCGUUGGAAAAGGCCAAAAUUAACAUAUAUCCAAAAAAUGGUCUCAUCACAAGACUAUGAACAGUUGUUUUUAGGUCAUGUAUCUAGUCAUAAAUAAUGGCAUAUGAGCACAGGGAUUGUAAAUGAGUUUCUAAGAUAUCAUACAACCUAUGAGAUGACAGCUUGCAUUAAAAGCUGCAUUCACUGACAAAACACUGAUGAGCAAUAUUGGUGUUUGUAUAGAUGCAAAGUGAUUUUGAUGUACAGUUUAAACAAAGAAAUAAAAAUGCCGUUUGUGGACUUUGUCAAAGAGGCAGGCGUUAGAGCACCACCCACAACUGAGGUGAACCACAGAGGUCUUUAUGAUAGUCCCAAGACACAUCAAGACUUUAUUAGUACUUGUAACCCCUGAGUAAAAUCUGUGAUUUUUCCAGUCCUGGAAAAUAUGAACAGAUAUACUAAACUACCACAUCCACGUGCUUCCAGUGGCUUCUCCUCUCACUAACUGUUAUGUGAAAAGUUUUGAUAUCCGCAUUCAGCAGAGACAAGGGUCGGUAAAAUGUUCCCUACUCAUUCACUAUGAACCCUUGUUUGCCCACCUUUUGUUUCAUUGAUAUGAAGAUGACUGUGGAAUAAUGCAAUUGGACAAAACCAGAGAUGACUGUUUUUGGAUCCUUCUUUAGACAAGUUUCCUUUUAUCCACUCUAUGGCUUCAUGCUAAUGCUUUUCCCAAAUGGAUUGUCUUCCAAUACAACCUCUGCCAAUCUCCUCCCUUGCAGUCCAUCUAGAAGGGUUAGAUGGAGGGCAUGAGAUGUUAUUACACACCUGAUCCUGUCCAAACUCAUUAGACGUGGUGAAGACCUCACCAAAUGACAUAGUGAAGACAUUCAUUUUCUCUUGGUCGCGACCAAACUGAAAGGAACGCAGACAGUGGUAGCAUUUUCAUUCCAUUGAGAACUUUUCCAAUCAUUUGGUCUAAAACCACUUCCUCUCUCUGUCUAACGUGUGUAACAAUGAAGGGGAUGAUAAAACUGGAGGACAAAAGGCCCCAGGUGCAGCCCAGUGGUUAAUGUGUUAAUCAGGGCAGUUGCCCCAAAGAGCCCCCUAAUUCCUAAUCAGCUUGUCAUAAAGAUCUCUUAGAGCUUUCGUGGACUGCUCCUCUUCAUGUCUUCAUUAACUGCUUGUAACCUUUAGAAUCUGCCCGUAGCCACUUCCGAUCUUUCUGAUGCCAUAAAUGUUUUCCCCUAGCCUUCAUAACCUGUCCUUAGACUUGGUAACGCUGUCUUUUAGGCCUCCUCGUCAUCUUCUUCGUCCAUUCAUGUAGCCAGCGUUUUUGAAUAGAGCGAGAGUUGUCUUUGCAAAACCAUGUCACCAUGAUAGCACUGACCUGGACUAAGUGGUAUAUCAUAUGUUUGCCAUACCUUUCUCUUAUUUUGUUUCCUUUUGUACUUGUGAUUCAGAUCACAGUGAUAUGGGGUGGUUGCAGCUUUUUAUAUUUAUUUACUUUAUUUAUUUUGUUUUUGCUGAAUUAUACUAGUAUAAAACUGUUUUAUUGUUGUCAUUGUUGUUGUCGUUCCUGUUAUUGUUAAUGGUGUUGCUGUUAUAAGCAUUUUAAUUCUUACUGUUAUUUUUUUACUCUUUGAUUUCUAAUGCUUUGUUCUGUUGAAUGAAGUUUUUUUCCUAGCAAGGUUUGUCUUCUUUGUGUAUGAAUCUGACCAGAAUAUUCUCAUUUGGAUUUAUUUUGUCUUGUAAAUAGUACUCCAAGGUGCUAUGUACAUAGCAUUUCCACCAGAAAUCAAAUGAAGCCAUAGACAGCAAUGUAUUUUAAGGCAGUAAAAACGCGAAGAUAAAAAGAAAUUGUUAAUUUAUGGCUCAAUUGAAAACCCAAGAAAUAAACCCUUUCUCUCAAUUUC